AUGGCUCCCAUCAAGGUCGGCGUCGUGGGCUACGGCUCCUCCGCCAAGAGCUUCCACCUCCCCUUCAUCACCGCCAUCCCGGACUACGAGGUCGUCGCCAUCCUGCAGCGGGCCGAGGCGCCCCCGGACCCGGCCUCCGCGCCCAGGGGAUCGCACUGCACCGUCGACUACCCGGCGGCCAGGCACUACCGCACGGCGGACGACUUCUUCGCCAACCCGGACACCCAGUUCGUCGUCGUCGCCACGCAGACCGACACCCAUGCGCAUUUCGCGGAGCAGGCUCUGAACGCUGGCAAGCACGUGAUCGUGGAUAAGCCGUUCGCUAGAUCGUCAGAAGAGGCCGACAAGGUCAUCAAGCUGUCGGAAGAAAAGGGGCUUAUCCUGACAUGUUUCCAAAACCGGCGAUGGGACGCCGACUUCCAGACGCUCAGUCACCUCAUCAAGAAGGGGGCGCUGGGCGAUAUCAAGGAAGCGGAGCUGCACUACGACUUUGAGUCCCCGCCAUGGCUGUCGAAGAUGAACCAGAAGGAGUACACGCCUGGUUCGGGCAUGGCUUUUGGCCUAGGCACCCACAGCGUUGACCAGGCCCUCGCCCUCUUCGGCCGGCCCAAGUCAGUCACCGGCUUCUUCCGCGCCCAGCGCGGCAUCGAGAGCGAGGUCGAGGAUUCCUUCACCAUCAUCCUGCAGUACGGCGGCGCCCAGAGGGACCUGCUCGUCACCGUCAAGACGGCCGUCACCACGCCGAUGGCGCAGCAGCUCAAGCAGCUCGUCAGGGGCACCAAGGGCUCCUUCAUCAAGGUAGAACAGAAACCAUGGUUCCAACAACGGAGCACCUGCCCGCAGGAGGAGCAGAUCGCCGCCGGGCUCAAGCCGCUCGACCCGGGCUUCGGCGUCGAGUCCGACAAGAUGCGCGGCAUCCUGACCACCUACGACGAGUUCGACGCCGGCGUGCAGCGCUACGACCCGGAGACCAAGAAGUACACGGGUGCGUACCCGACCAUGACGGGCCGGUGGAUGGGCCUGUACGAGAACGUUGCGGAUGCGAUCAACGGCAAGGCGGAGCUGGUCGUCAAGCCGACGCAGUCGCGGGACGGGCUCAGGGUCAUUGAGCUGGCGAGGGAGUCUCAUAACAAGGGCGUGACGGUUCAGUGGAGAUAG